GGCUCCGAGCACCGCGCCGGCUUCCCUAACAUGGCGGCCGCGAAGGACGGCUGCGGCUCGGGCGAGGCGGCCGCAGGCAGCGGGCGGAGGCUCCACCUGGGGAUCCCCGAGGCCGUGUUCGUGGAAGAUGUGGACUCUUUCAUGAAGCAGCCUGGGAACGAGACUGCAGACUCGGUCCUGAAGAAGCUGGAUGAGCAGUACCAGAAGUACAAGUUCAUGGAACUGAACCUCGCCCAAAAGAAGAGGAGGCUAAAAGGUCAGAUUCCUGAAAUAAAGCAGACUUUAGAAAUUCUCAAAUACAUGCAGAAGAAAAAAGAGUCCACCAGCGCGCUGGAGACCAGGUUCUUACUGGCAGACAACCUGUACUGCAAGGCCUCCGUCCCUCCUACCGAUAAAGUGUGCCUCUGGCUGGGGGCGAAUGUGAUGCUUGAGUAUGACAUUGAUGAAGCGCAGGCGCUGCUGGAAAAGAACUUAGCGACUGCCACGAAGAAUCUCGAUUCUCUUGAGGAAGACCUUGACUUUCUUCGAGAUCAGUUUACUACCACAGAAGUCAAUAUGGCCCGGGUUUAUAACUGGGAUGUGAAAAGAAGAAACAAAGAUGACCCCACCAAGAACAAAGUGUGAUGCUGGCACUUCAACCUGCGGUUCCGUUUCCCAGACGUUAUUUUAACCGCCCCACACUUUCUCCUUAAGGGUUGAUAGAACUUCCAGUGAUUUUUUUUAACAAGAAUGAUAAUUAAACCUUUUAAAAAAGAUACACAUCAUUUUAUUUAUUUAUAAAAGCAAAUUAAUUUCAGAUACUGUAUGACAUUAGCAGUAUUAUGUCUUCCCACCUUCCCAACAAAGUAAACACUGCUUUCAUCAUUUUGUUUUGCUUCUUUGUCGUAGGAAAAGUCUUAGCUGAAAUGGCCGAAAACUGUGAGGUCUGCGGCAGAAGCUAAACUCUGGACACGUUAGCAGUUGAGUUUUUCUUUGCAGCUGAUGUGACUCUCACUUUGAUGAGAUUAAACCAGGUUAGAGGCAGGAAGAAGUCGCUCUGACUGCUGGCACGCUUGUUUCUUUGGUGGUACAUGUGGGUUGUCUGCUGGCCCCGAACAUUCCAGUACUGUGCACUUGCAGGGAGCAGCACUUUGCCUUCCUGAGCAGCACGAGGGCCGGCGAGACAUCUUUCCUUCCCCCUUGUUAACGUGCAGUGUCUUCGCGCUGCCAGCCGGUGGGUGCUCUUGGCCGCCGUGAAGUUGCGCUACUUACUCUUAGCUGAGGCAGCUUUGCAUUUCUUAGCAGUUCUCCAAAGCAGCUGGCCUGUACUCUCGAGAUAAAUAUAAAUCUGCAGUGGUUGACAAGAGUUGUGAGCUUUUUUACCCACAAUAAAACCUCAUAGGAAUAGUCAAAAGUCCCACGGGAAGCCGUUGGCAUGGAGGCCGGUAGCCGGCGCUACGCAUUGUGGGAAACAUAACCGUCGUGUCUCCCUCUGUGUAGUGACAAGUACGCUUGUCCAGUGUUUUGUACGUGCAUUUCAUGUUAUUAAAACAGUGAAG